AUGAGUCAGAAGCCUUUGGCGAAUAAGUAUGACACAGAAGGUAAAACACUGCAUAAAGCAGUGACCGGAAAAAUUAUUGCGAAUAUCACCGCCGAUGUCAUUAAUCCGGCUGCUGGCACCUUUGGUGGAAGUCCCGAAGGAAAGCGCGUUGAUGAAAUUUUGAAAGCCGUCAAAGAGGUUUGUGAGACUUUUGCCAAUAAGCUGGAGAUGCAAAUUCCGACUAAGGUUACUAUAAUUGUAGGAGCCAUUGAGAGUGAAGGUUCGUUGAAAAUAAAGAAUAAGGGCUCCCUAUAUAACGGUGAUCUAAAUUCCGCCGUCCAACGCAUCCUUUUUGCACUCGCCGCCAACGCAAAGAAUAUCGCCGCCGAACUCCACUCAUUGGUCCUCGAGACUAGACCCUCUGGCUCAGACACUAGCAUCGCAGGCAAAAUAAAGGAGGCUCAUGAAAAGAGUGAGACACUUAAAGGUCAGUUUGACACGGCGACUGGGAAAGGAGCCGCUGCCGGAUCCAACACCAACCACGCCCAAGCCGUCGACAACGCCAUCACGCAGGUGCAGACACAGGUUCAGCAUAUCACCGGCCCAGCAGACAACGUAAAUCUAGGCGACAGCUCCAUCAGCACCAAACGCGACAAAGCCUACACCCCCCUCGACCAAGCGAUCAAGAACAUCAGUGGAGAAGCCUCUGCUCUCAGCGUCGAACCCACCGAAACUAAGCUCAAAGAGUGGUCCGGCAAAAUUAAAGAUGAACUAAGCAAAAUAGUCGACGCAUUCGUCUUCCACGGCACACUCAUCAAAGGCAUUUUGACCAAGCUCGAAAAGGACCUUGGCAGAGGCAAGUUGGAUAAAAAUACUCUCCAAGACCUCCACAAAAAAUUGACGGAGCUCCAACAAGGCCCGGUGACCAAGGCCCUGAAUGAAGCCAACGACAUUCUAGAAAAGGCAGAAGAAGUGACGAACAAUACACUGAGGCCUCUGAAAAACAAAGUUGACCAACAAGUCUCCUCCGCAAUCUCCGAGCUGAGCACCCUAGCCAGAAAGCAGUACAUUUCCUCUAUCCAAUCCAUGCUCACCGAAUUCUCCAAGAAGGUUGAGGAGGAGCUGGAAGGAGUACCCGAAGAAAUCGAAAAAGAUUUGGAGCAGGGACACAAGAAGUUUAUGAAAUUGUUUGAAGAUAAUUUUGUCACGAGAGCCAAAGUUAUUGCAGAUAUCGAUCCUAAUAAGUUUACGAAAGCAGAGCCUCCACUGCACCAGGCGGCAAGAAGGUUAAGUGGCGCAAUAAGUGCUUUAUUCAUCAAUUGCCAAAAGGUUGCAGAUUUAAAGUCAGACUUCGGCAUAAUGAAGCCUACACAAAAGGCUCUUGACAGAGUGCUUACAGGCCUCUGGGCAUCCAAUCAUUUCGACAACAAAUUUUCUAAUAAUUUGGAUGCACUGAAUGAUACGUUAGCUACAUUCAAUCCCAAGACAUACGGUGAGGGAAAAUAUCCUUAUAUUCUCGAGUCGUUUAAAAAGGCUUCGCGGCAUUAUUCACGAAGCUGGAGCACGCGUACGUGA